AUGGCCGCCGACGCCGCCUACGUGAAGCGGGUGCUGCUCGCCUGCAACGGCGGCGGCGACGCCGUCUCGCGGGGGGUCGCCGUCGGCCUAGCCAGGCACGGCUGCAGGCUGGUCCUGGUGGGCGACGAGGGCGCCCUGGCCGCGACGGCGGAGGAGGCGCGGCGCUGCGCGGCCGGAGGGGCGGCGGCCGUCGCGGUGGUUGGGCUGGACUUCGCGGCCUGCGACGAGGCGGCCGUCGGCGCCGCGGUGGAGGCGGCCUGGCGCUGCUUCGGGGACGGCGGACUCGACGCCCUGGUCAACUGCUGCUCCUACGAGGGGGAAGUGCAAGACUGCCUCAGCGUGACUGAAGAUGAGUACAACAAGACCAUGAAAGUCAAUGUAAUCACACCCUGGCUUCUGAUAAAGGCGAUCGCCAAGCGGUUCCGCGAUGCGCAGUCCGGCGGCUCUGUGGUAUGCUUGACCCAGAUCAUCGGCGCCGAGAGAGGAUUGUAUCCGGGGGCGGCGGCAUAUGGCACAAGUUUAGGCGCCGUUCACCAGCUCGUCAGACUAUCGGCGAUGGAGCUCGGCAAGCACAAGAUCAGGGUGAAUGCCGUCUGCCGCGGCCUCCACCUGGGGGACAAGUUCCCUGUCUCUGUUGGGGAGGAGAAGGCCGAGAAGGCGACCAGGGAGGUAAUGCCGCUGCGGCGGUGGCUGGACCCAGAGAAGGACCUCGCUUCCACGGUGCUGUACCUGGUCGGCGACGACUCCCGCUUCAUGACAGGCACCACCAUCUACGUCGACGGCGCACAGUCCAUAGUGCGCCCUCGCAUGCGUUCCUUCCUGUAG